UGUAGAUGUUGUGCACCAAUAUUGAAUUUAAAUGCCUGUUAUUUUACAUUAAGUGCCCUUUUAAUAUAGACCACAUGGAAAAAUCAAUAAAUCUGAUUUUUUUUAUAUGAAUCCUACAGACGAAGAACCGUAUAUGUGACAUUUAAAAAAAAAAAAGAGAUAUACAUGAAAAAUCAUUAUUGGACACCAUUUUUCUAUAGUGAACCGGUUUCACAAGCUUUCCAUGCGCUAAUUAACAAUAAUUUUAAAUUUAAAGAUAGGCUCUCGUGGAAUAACCGUUUAUGUGCACCACCUUUCUGUUGCUGAUGAAAAUCGCAGAAAUGUGGGAAAGAAACGUAAAACAAAACUAAAAGAAUGGAAAGACAGGCAAAGGAAGAUCUUACGGGAUGCGGGAAAACCCUAUACAAAUCGUAAGGGUCAAGAAAAAACUGGGAAAAGCUGUCCAAAAGAGGUUCUAUACUGUCCCAUACGAGAAACAACAAGCGUUGAUUCUCUCCGGCUUAGAACAGCAUGAGGUGAAACGGAGACGUAAACCUGAGGAUACAAAGGAGAACAAACGACGGAAACAAACCUUCAAAUACCAUGUACAGCAAGCAGGCCAGAGAUUGAAUGUGUGCAAGGUUACUUUCAUGUCUGUGUUCCAGCUAACCAACAGCCGUCUUCAGGCCACAUCGGAUACAUGCUACAGUGAAAGAGGGCAUCAAGGAGCACAUUCUAUCUUUCCCAAGAACCCAGAACCACUACUCACGGAUGAAGGGGGAUGUACACAGAGAAUACCUCAGCCCUGAUCUGAAUUUGUUGCGAAUGUACCGACUCUACAAAGAGAAUAAUACCACAUCAUCUGCAAAAUUCUGGGUUUAUAGGGACAUUUUCAAACAGCAGAGUCUCAAUUUCGGCCAACCCAGGAGUGACACCUGUGGCAAAUGUGACGCAUUCUUCACUAAGAUGUCAGCAGCAACAUCUGAAGAGGAGAAGAGGAAGAUUGCAGUUGAAAGUGAGUUACACCAUCGAAAAGCCGAAAAGGCCUACACACAGCUUCAAAGUGACACUGAGUGGGCUAAAGCCAAUGCUGACUGCCAUGUCAUUUCUGUGGAUCUACAGGGGGUGAUGUACACCCCUAAUCUGACCCACUCCAAUGUCUACUACCAGCGGCAGCUGUCAAAUUUUAACUUUUGCAUCCAGGAACUUGGAAAAGAAGAUCCUGCAUACAUGUGUGAUUGGCAUGAGGGGAUUGCACACCGAGGGUCCAUUGAGGUGGCAAGCUGCAUAAUGAAGUGGGUGAAGACAAAAUUCACGCCACUCACCAAACCAGAGGUGCGCAAGUUGAUCAUAUUCAGUGACAGAUGCUGUGGGCAGAAUAACAACUGGCGGAUGCUCAAUCUGAUGUCGAUGCUCGUCUCUAUGGGUUACUUUACCCAAGUUGAGCAGAAGUUCAUGGUCUCUGGUCAUUCUUUUCUUCCUUGUGAUCGAUCUUUUGCCACCAUCGAGAAGAGGCGCAAGGUGUCAGUCCUUCAUACACCUGAUGAUGUUUCAAAGAUGAUACUUGAAGCACAACCAGCAAAACCAUUAAAGAUGAGGAUGCAAUGUGAAGACUUCAGGCACCUCCCAGAUUCUGUCCUCAAGCGACCAGCUGGACUACAGAUCACCUCAGUGAGGUGGUUAAAAAAGUCACAGUUGAGGAUCCUUGGAAUCUGUACGCCAAACAGAGCCACAGUCUAUUUGAGGGAUGGAAGUCGUGGCUGAUCUCCAAACCAAAAGGAGGAGCUACACCUCAACCUCCCUAUUUUGCAAGCCACUACCCUAGAGCAUAUGAGAGUCCUCUGCCCAUCAAAAAAAACAAGUGAUGACCAUGCUGAUGACCAUGCUCAACUACUUGCCAGCUGCUGCAUGCUCUUUUUAUGAAUCACUGCAGAGUGAAUAAUUUGUUGUUAAACCAAGCUACAUAAUUAACCGUUUUUUUCUGUGAGUUUAUGAUCCCAUGAACCUGUAUACUGUAGUAUGUUGAAUCUGUAUACAUUUCAAAAGACAUGUCACCCCUAUUGUAGGAAAUUAAAUGUAUCGUAGGUGUUUUCUAUGUGAAUCAAUUUGUGUAUGAUUUGAACCAGCACAAUAUAUUGAAUUAAUUUAAUUUUAAGAUGUUCCUAGUGUAGAAAAUGUUAUGUACAAUGUGUUCUGUUGAUAAUUAUUUUGUGUGAUCAUUUGAACCUUUUUUAAUCUGAAUGAAUUAAAAACAAAUAAGUCAUCACAUACAGUAUGU